AUGAGGGCGCAAGCUAUUGGACUGCUCUCAGUCGCAACGCUUGUUCCUUCUAUUGUCGGUGUUGCUGUACCUCGAGCCCCAUCCGAACCUAACCAGCCAAACCCUCGGCGCUUUCCACUGAAUGAAACGGCCUUCGCGACUGCCCCAGACGGCAGUACCACUCGCUUGUCAUCGGUAGCAUCAACGCCAAUUACACAAGUGGAAGAGGAAUUGUCCUCUCUUCCUGACAAAUCAACUUCUACAAAGGUUUACUUGUCAACAGCAGCAGAGACAAGUUCUGGUGAUUCUGUUCGGAAAGUGCCAAUAACUUCACAACUGAAUCGUGUGGCCACUUCAUCUCAGAGCACUCGAUUUACUCUAGAAACUCAUCUUCGAUCUUUCUCGGAAUCUUCAGCUUCACACUUCGUCCAGACUGCUCCUAAAUCUACUGCCCUGGCGAAUGGCGGCCCGCCAGAUCAUGAUAGAGAUUCAAGCUCUGUAACUAAUCAACCCGAUAUCCAGGCUUCGGCUCAGAGGAGACCACACCAGGGAUUUGCACAUUCUUUUACGCAAGCCGCGCCCAACAAUACCAAACUGAAGACACAGACAUGCGGCCCUGGUUACAGGUCUCCCUGCGGAUGGAUUCCCUCAGUUACUUCGAAAGGAAAUGGGACAUACACACCUGGGCCAUGGACGUCUGGUACAUUGACGCUGAUAGCACCAACGUCAGUGUUACCGUGCACGACAUUGCAGGAUAACGAACCUUUCACCGAGUAUUCCAUCGUGUAUACAUCAACAAUAACAUUCUCUGGAAACCGCAGUGAUUACACGCCACCCUACCCUACUAUCAGUACACCCAACAUUUGCGACCCAGGGGCUCCAAGCCCAUCAUUCUCAAAGAUUGUUUCAUCUCAUGGCUCCGAGGAGUCUGGAACAUUCCCACUGCCAGGCUCUGAAUUAACUAAGGAGCCCCCUCAAGCUUGCUUACCGGGAAAAUCUUGUACUUCAGAAAAGCCUCCUGGCUGGUCGAAUCCGACAGCCGUUCCUGGAGUGCCAGGUUUAACUAUGUCAAGCUCAAGAAUGACUGUGACAUUUAUAACGACUGACAAGAACCCGGCGGUGGUAUUCCCCACAGAGCCGCCGCCGCACUUCGACCGACCGACUGGUGGAGGAGGUCUCCCUAUGAGUAACAAACAACUGCCGCAGCCUUCCAAAGCGCCAGGCUCAAAUCACCCAAAUUCUUCCGGGGGGCACGGAAAGUCGGGUCCUCAGUCGGGUCCUCAGUCGGGUCCACAACCUGACGUGAAGCCGCGACCUUCGGCAGAAUCUGGACCGAGGCCAACAUCAGGACCGCAGCCCCAAUCACAGCCUGACACCGAACCUGAGCCCCCUAGGAAGUUUCUUGUGACUGCCAGAGGCCAAGAAGUCAUUGUCAAUGACCGGACCUUUUCCAGUCUCAGAGCAGAUCAAACAACAACAGUCACUGUCGAUUAUGGAACAUUCACAAUCCGCCCAACAGAAGUGGUUGGUGAAGGGGCAACAGUCAGGAAACCGCAGCCUGUCGGUACUGCGAUUUCCGUUGUCAGCCCUACGAGUGCGACUAUUGGAAAGAUAUCUGUUACUGUUUCAGGCACGGAAGCUAUUGUGGGCGGCACGAGGCUCAAAAUUCCUCUUAUGGGCACGACCACAAGGCUUAAGGUUCCUGUCGUCGGAUCAAAUACUAUUAUGGAGGAACGACAAGUGUCCGUUGCGCCUGGUAGAGUGGUGGUUGAUGAUGAAACACUCACAUACCAUGGGGUUGGUGGCCCUCAGACAGACGUGAUCAUUGAAGGUGGUGAGAUGGUCACUGCAGUUGGAAAAUCUGUGUUUGUCUUUCACUCUACGACCCUGAUAUAUGGAACUGGCACCCCCGUGACAACGGAAACAAUCGAUGAUGAUACUAUCACUGUUGGACCAGAAGGUAUUGUUGUUGAUGGAACAACUCUAGGCGGGUCUGACGCCGAGCUCACUGGCACCAAAAACCGAAUUGUUGGUGGAGCGACCAUCACCAAAGUCAACCCUUCAUACGCGAUAAUCGAUGAAUCAACCUUCACUGCCGGUCCUGGCGCCAAGAGCAUAACAAAAGUGGCCGGUGGUGAAACCAUCACGAUCGGGCCCAGCGGUAUCAUCGUUGGCACAAUAACAAUAAAAUACCCCUUCGGGGCUUCAACUGUAACCACCAUCGAGGCGAAAGCAACAGUGUCUGACGAAUUACCUGUUGCAACAGGAACCAGCAGCAACAAUGCCAAGGAGGAUGGAAAGAGGAAGAAAGAGGAUGACAGCGGUGCAAUUUUACAACGGCCAGGUUUGGCAACAGGAAUGACUGGCAAUGCUGACUUACACACUGCUGAAGAGAUUCCGCGCACAAACAAGCUCCCCAACCGCUUCAACAACCUCGCCGUGGCAUCCCAGACUGUGCAAAUAUCUUGUGCACGGUCAGCAUCCUUCUCCCCCGAGUUCCACGCCUUCAGCUAUAUGCAACAAGAGCCUCUCGAAAAUACAGAACAUUUGAUCCACCGAGACAACCCUUAUAAAGCCUCAAUCUCCCAGCAUGGCCCCCUUCACCAUGACCCGCGUGGCCUUCUCCGAGUCUAUUCCGGAGACUCAAGUGGCACUGAACCGGGCUCUGCACCGGCACUCCGCUAUGCCUCUGGUCAUGACGUCGAUGCCGACCUACUCGAUGAGGAGCUACAUCGACUGAGCUUGGGUCAUCGCUCGACUUUUCGACCUUCAGCUCCUGGCCAGCGCAUCUCCGAGUACGAAAAUGCAAUGACCCCACCUACUCCAAAGAAGGCACUGGGCUUCAAGGUCAUCAAGCGCUCCGAAACCCCCUCUGGUGGUGUGCAGCUUGAAGACUUCCCAAACGAGAUCUUGACACAUAUCCUUUCGCAUCUCCACUCCGACUCGCACGCCGCAAUCGCUCUCGUCUCCAAACGCUUUUAUGCCCUCAUAACCAGUUCCCAUGCUUGGCGCAUGGCCUUCCUACGAUUCUUCCCAGGCCAUGAGGCUCUCGAGACCAAGAAAAAUGUGGAUAUGUGGGCUCACAGCUCGCACGACCUGAUACAGUCUGAAUCUCGUUAUUUCACUCGUCUUACCCCCAUGGCGUCAUGGAGAAAGGAAUACCUUCUGCGCACCCGCUUGAUUAGAAGUCUGGCGCGUGGCAAACCAGGCGCAUCCUUUGCCUCUGGGGGUAUUGGCGCAUCUGUUCGUACCGGGAAGAAGACCAGCGCUGUGUUGACGUACAACUCCAAGCUACCAUGGGCUGUUACAAAUAUUCACGCUGUCUUCACAAACGGAAAGAAACCACCAAAAGCUAUCCACGGAGCUGCCGAUCUGGGAGUAGCUUCAGUCAGUGAUCCUACCAACGGAAGGGUUGAGAAAUGGGGAUUCGUUGAUCCUUUCAGCUCAAUGCAACUUGAUGAGGUGUUACCCAAUCUUGUUCCCUUUGGCUUGGGGGAGGGUCCUGCAGCAACUCCUAAUGUCCUCGAUGUAAGUCAGCCAUAUGGCGUUCUUGCAGGUGAAGGAUUUCCGGGCGGUCGUCCCUACUACCGUCCUGUCAAUGAGAACCGUGGCCGAUAUCUUGGUGCGGACUCUGGCGUCGUCGACACCUACCCUGAUAUCCCUAAGAUACCCGAAAUGUCCGAAGCAAUCUGCAGUGUAUGGUUGGCCAAAUCGUCGAGCGUGCCAGCAAAUACCCAGUCAAUGAUUGGGAUGCUGACUGGCUCUACCCUUGGUGUCGUCACUUCAUACACCCUGGGAACCGACUCUGGACCGCAGCGAUACCAACCUGGAGAAGUUACUGCGCGUUGGGUGCUUAGUCCUGGCGUUCCAAUUAUCUCUCUCAAAGUUGACGACAACUAUAGCCAGAAGCGCAAGUCUUCAGCCAGGGUAUGGAUAGUGGCGCUCAAUGCUCUGGGCGAAGUAUUCUAUCUGACUGAAACACCUACUGCACAAAACGCAACCAAGAGCGAAGAUAUUACCAAAAACGCUUGGUUCGCUGGACGUUCGGUUUACUGGCAUCUAUUGGACUCCACUCGACGUGUUGCUCGACCAGAUGAUUCAGACAAGAACGCCAUCAAAGGUGCUUACUCGCCUCGGUCGCCUUCCAAUUCUAUGAGCCUAAGUAAGAGUCAGUUGGCUGCUGAGGCACGAGAAAUUGAAAAGUUCUUGCGCCAAAAGCCCGCACAUUUCCGAAGGGUCUGCGAAGGAUGGGAUAUGCAGCGCAAGCUGGAGGUCGAUUUCGCCAAUGAUGACGGCCAUGGUGCUGGUGAAAACAUAUUUGUCAUCGACUGUGGACUAGCCGAAAACCGCCCUGCACAUAUCCAGCGAUACACUCGAUCUUUAGUUCCUCAAGAUACACAAUCGUCAUCCGUCGUGUUGGCUCCCAUGCCUCCUGAUGUCUCCGUCAGCGUCCAGCCGUCACUAUUCGGGACUACUGCGGCAGAGGUAUCACAGGGACCCGAUGAGAAGAUAUGCCAAUCCGUCACAUCUACUUCAGUGUCGUCACUGGAUGUCAUGUCCCAUCUGCAUGAGUGGGAGAGUUGCUCCUUCAGGCUGAAGGGUCAAAGUCAUGCAGUGAUCACUAGUGCCUCGAUGGAUCAAUCUAGCACGUCAGUCCUGACACUCAGUGAAGAUCCUCUUCACUCGGCUGAGGAAGAGAUUCCAGGCCGCAGAUCUCGAUUGCUUGCUGUCGGCACAGACGACGGGGCUGUACUUGUCUGGAACGCUCGUGAGGAUGCUAAGGCUACGGGCAUCAGUCCGGUGCGGCAAAUCCAGACUGACUCCCCAGAAGUGUCCUGCGUGGCACUCUCGGCUAUGUAUGUUGUCCAUGGCGGUAGUGAUGGACUGGUACAAGCAUGGGACCCCUUGGCAUCAACAUUGGAUCCCGUUCGAACUCUCAACGCAAGGUCAAAUGGACGAGUGCCUCGACACAUGGUCACAAUGAACCCAACUCUUGACGAGUCGACCUACUCAGCAGUUGGUGCUAUUUAUCUUGACCCUGAACCAACCGUCCUCCGUGGAGUCGUUUCAUUUGGUGCUUUUCUGAGAUACUGGGCGUAUAGCUCUGCUAGUCACGCUUCAGGACGCAAGCGUCGACUUAGACACUCUGAUGUUCAUGGCCGUCUGCCCAGUCGUCGUCAAGGCGGUGCAGUCAUUGAUUUCAUCGCUGCUGAGGAGGCUGAAAUCAAGAGAGAGAACGAGCAAAAGGCCCGAGAACAGAACCGUCUGCGCAAUCGCUUUGGUGUCGGCGCGCUCGGCGACCUGACUGAAGAAGAGGCAUUGCGGUAUGCGCAGAUGGUCUCCGAGGAAGCCUUUCUUUUCGAGGAACAACGUCGGACAAGCGACUCCGCUGCCGAUGCCAGCCUGGAUACUGCCUCAACAUUCAGUGAGACCACUACUGUUGAUACCGUCACCCCUGAGCCAAGUGUCUCGGACAUGGCAACUCCCCCGCCUGCCUCCACGGAUAAGGUUGAGUUAGUACCUGUCGAGGACGACUAUGAACAACAGAUUCAACAGGCGAUCCGCCUUUCUCUGAUGGAAGGCGUCAAUGAUAACCCCCCAUCACCUCACGCAGCGAGCUCCGGCGAUUACGAAUUCUCCUUGACAUACAAAGUCAAGUCUGGCAGGAAGAACAAGCCAUCUGGAACUGUGUCGCCUGGAAUUUCCAAGGCGGGGUCGUCAAACACUAUCGAGUCUAGGGACUAUGACCUUGAACUCGCUCUGAAGCUGAGCAUGGAGGAGCAGGGUCUGUCAACGUUUGACUCAUCGUCGGACGUUCAACGCGAUGGGUUCCCGGCGCUGGAAACUGAGGGCGUCGGUAAAGGGAAAGGGGUACAGAGGUGGUAG